CACACACACACACACACACACACACUUGCACAUUCACACUUUCACAGAGGCAAGACACACGUAGCAGGCUUUUUUAAUAUUCAACAGAUUUUAAUAUAGCGCACUUGUCACUUAAUGCCCUCGGUCUUACCGUAAAAAUGAACAAAACAUUGGUUAACGAAGGACCAAGAUGGUUAAUGAUUAUUUUGUGGUUGGCAGGAAAUAUUGGCAUGUUUACUUAUAGCUUUCUGAAAUUCCAUAAUUCCAAGGAAUAUUACUAUUUGAAUGUUAUAACUGGGGCUAAUUUACCAGCAGCAAGAGGAAGUGCCGCCUGUUUGAAUCUUAACUCUAUGUUAAUACUCUUCCCAAUUUGUCGCAAUUUUCUCAACUUUAUAAGAGGCUCAUUCGUGUGCAAAGCUGUACGAAGAACCUUUGACGACAACAUCUUAUACCAUAAACUAUGUGCCUACAUGAUCUGUUUGCAAACAGCCAUUCAUGUUGUCAGCCAUUGUUUUAACUUGCAAAGGUUUGUGCAGUCCUAUGACAGCCCUGACCCAAAGAAACGGGACCUGCUAUUGGCAUUGAGUCAACUUCCAAUCAACAAUACCAGUGAUGGCUACAUCAACCCUGUCCGAAGUGCACACUCAAAUCCUAUUUAUGAGAUGUUCAUCAUGCUGCCCGGAGUAAGUGGUGCUAUAAUUACUUUUGCUCUCAUUAUCAUGUUCACCUCAUCAACUCACCUUAUCAGGCGAUCUUAUUUUGAAGUGUUCUGGAUCACACAUCACCUGUAUAUCAUCUACUUCAUUGGAUUAAUUGUUCAUGGUUUUCAAGGUGUUGUCAGGAAGCAAUCUAACAUCGAUGAACAUGACCCUGAACUUUGUGCCACCUUAUAUAACGAUUGGGGGAAUAAAGACCCAUGUUUGGCGUAUCCGAAGUUUUCUAGUUCACCAGCUCAGUCAUGGAAAUGGAUACUUCUACCUGUUAUCAUAUACCUGAUAGAAUGUUUGAUUUCUCUUAUUCGUUCAAACCAGAAGGUGAAAAUUGUUAAAGUAGUUAAACAUCCCAGUCAAACCUACCAACUGCAAAUGAAACAAGCUGGAGGAUUCAGAAUGUCACCUGGUCAAUAUAUAUUUUUAAAGUGUCCAUCUGUUUCAAAAUUGGAAUGGCAUCCGUUUACACUGACAUCGGCACCACAAGAUGAUUUUUUCUCUGUGCAUAUUCGUACUGUUGGUGAUUGGACAAGAGAUCUGGCCAAAGCAUGUCACAUUGAAGAUCCCGGUGAAGCAAUUUCUACAGGAUUACCUGACAUGGCUGUCGAUGGACCCUAUGGUACACCUAUUAAGGAUGUUUUUUGCUAUGAUGUGGACAUAUUUAUUGGAACAGGAAUCGGUGUCACUCCAUUUGCCUCUGUACUAAGAUACAUUUGCAAAGAAAUUGAAAAACAGAAUUUCAAGGAAGUCCUGAAAAAAGUUUACUUUUUUUGGAUCUGCCCCCAAACACAAGCCUUUGAAUGCUUCCAGGAACUUCUUGUGUCUUUAGAAAUCAUGCUUGAGAAGAUGAACCAGAAUGAGUUCCUCAGUUAUAACAUCUACUUGACACGUGGCUUAAAUAAAAGUCAGAUUGGAAACAUAGCAUUACAUUUUGGUGAUAAUAUUGAUCCAAUAACAAGACUUCGAGAAAAAACCCACUUUGGGAGACCAAGAUGGUCAAAUAUCUUCAAAGAGAUAAAAGACGCUCAUUUAGGGAAAAGUAUCGGUGUAUUUUACUGUGGUCCAUCACAACUGUCGAAAACCCUCUGUGAAAUGUGCAACACCCACUCUGAUUCCAUAACUGACAAAGGCAUGAGGACUCAGUUCUUUUUCAACAAAGAAAGUUUCUAAUUCGUCAUCUGUGUUGUUUGUGCGUGCACGCACAUGCAUGUGUAUAUAUAUCUCAUUCACAUUUAGUAGUUGGUGAAGGUCAACCUUUAUUUUCCACCACAGCUUCUGUCCCCUCUAGCUAAUCCAGUUCUGGACCAAACUGAAUGCAGUUAAAUUCAUUGAAAUAUUAUAAUAGAAAAUUGGCCACAUUAAAAAAAAGGUUAUGAUAAAAUUUGUGUUCAAAACCUGGGUGUAUAACAUAUAGAUGUAAUUUCUAAGCAGUAAAGUUUCUUUAUUUCUGAUUUAUUUUAAUUGCACUUGAAUAAAAGAGCUCAGUGAGAGAAACCAAGAUCUGUUAACCACAUCAUGGUGAAGCAGAAAAAACCCAAAACCUUACAAGGAAAAAUGUAGUCAAAUAGGGAAAGGUAGUAACACCUGAUAUUGUCUUUAAGUUGUUGUAUCUGUUAUUUUAAGGCAGUGGUUCCCAAAGUUGGUGGUACUGCCCCACUGGGGGCUUUGAAGAAUAAUGGGAUGACGAAGAUGGAGCAAUGGAUGUAAAAAAAACCAAACAAAACAAAAUAAAGGGUGAACUAGAUAAAGUUUUAUUUGUGAAAUACUGUUGUUUUGAAUUAGCUACAGAAAAUGGUCUAUGUCUGUGAUAGUGGUGGGGGCACCAGGAAUGUGGCCUUAGAACCAAGGGGGCAGCAACCUGAAAAAGUUUGGGAACCACUGUUUUAAGGGAUAAUUUUCCUCAAAGCUUUCCUCAAAGAGCUAAAGGAGAAGAAUCUUACAUAAGUUUAUAGGGCAAAAAGUGGUCAAAUCAGAAAUGGAAACUAGCUUAAAUUCGUAUUUAAAUCAUCAUAAAUCUAUUAUUUUAGAAAAAACAAUUAGUAUAAUUAAGCUUUUCUGAACAAUCAAUAGGGCAGGAAACCAAUACUGAAAACUGUACUAAAUUUGGUACUGUAUGAAAAAAGCUAUGAGGCAAAAGAUGGUUAAAAUUGAGGGUGAUCUCUGGGGUACUAAACUGUAGUUACACCUAUGUAUAUAGAUGUAACUGUGAGUGCGUAUACACACAUGUAUGUAACCUCUCAUCCACUUAUACAUAAACAGUGGUACCCAAGCAAAGUAGUGCUUGUUUGUCUCAGCAAUUAGGGAUAGUUGAAAAGUGGAAGAAAUUGGGGGACAUAUUGUGCCCUCUAACCACUUUUAUUUCAUUUUUUUCCCCAAUGUUUCUUUGGUAUCCUGUGUUUUCAACCUGAUGACAAUUUUCAGCCAUUCAAAACUUCAAACAUGACCCCUUCCCCCAAAAUUUCUGUUUUCCCUUUUUCCAAUUUUUUUUUUAAUUCCACAUAGGAAAAACUUGGAGAUCUGAAAAAUAAAUUUAUUUUCAAAAUUUCAAUUAUUUUUACCCCGCUUCCUAGCUUUCAGCAUACCCACCUCACCCCCAUACCGACAUUCUACAUGUUUUUAAAUUCAAUUGCUCAUUUCUAUGUGUAUGGAUGCUUGAUAUGCUUGAAAUAACAGCCAACUUUCUGAAAGAUCAUUUUUUUCAAAAAUUUCAUUUUUUAAAAUUCAAUCCCUCACUCAGCAAUCAGAAUAACAAUUAUUAUUAUUAUGCAUGCAUUGAUGCCCGUUGAACCAGUAGAUGAAAUAAAACCCUUCCCUGACUUUUAGAAUAAUGAUACCCACCCCACAGAAAUAUGGAAUGCAUCAGCACAGUUGUUCCCACUCCCCACUCCAACCAACCUUAAAAUAUUAAUUAAAUUCCACCCCCAACACCUGUGGUGUUCUUCAGGUGUUUCUCAAGAAUGUGAAAAUGGUCAGACUCCUUUGAUACAAAACUAGUCGUCUCAUUUACUCUACUGCUUCCAGACUGGCAUCAUUUAAUUCAUUUACUGCAGCCUUAUUGGCAUUUUCCUCCUUUGUCUUGGUUUAUCCAAGGUAUUUAUAUAAAUUACUUUCUGUCAAUAAAUUCUCGUUACCUUUUUACUAAAGUCUCAACAUUU